CACCCACAACCACCACCACUUCCACUGCCACUUCCACUUCCACACCACCCACCACCACCCACCAACCACCAGACCGCGCCAUGGCCCGAGCAUUCGUCUUCGGGUAUCUGAUUCCCUGUGGCGCCCUCGAUUUCCAGUGCCACGACCCACUGUUCAAAGCGCAUUGGUUCGGGGAGUAUGGCUCUGCCACGGUGAUGGAUCCCAACCGCGUGGCCACGAUGAACAGCAUUCCCACCGUGCACAAAGGCUUGAAGCUGUGCCCGGCCUACAACCUGGACGCCUCCUGCUGCAGUGCUGAGUUCGAGAAGGUGCAAGCGCAGCACUACGGCUACUACCAGCAUCACAUCUUCCCCUCGAAGCUGGCCCGGGUCAUUGAGCAUCAUGCGUCCGUGCUGGCGGUGGCGAACAGCUCGGAGUUCGCCGCAGCGCCGCGGCGGUACCGGGAGCAGUUCGGCCUGGCGCUGGAGCGCUUCGGGCCCGUGCUGCAGCCCAAGGUCCACGGCGACUGCUGGGCGGCGAUGCUGACCUACGCCGCCGGCAUGAGCUGUUUUGCCUGCAAGCCGGACUGGAUGAUGUACGUGACGCCCCACUGCCCGCCCGACUGCAGCGAGGUGCUGCGGGUGCACAUCCACCCCGAGGACUGUGAAGAGCUGUGGCUGCGCUGCGAGCGCUUCGGGCUGGCGGCCAAGGAGCUGCGGCAGGCCCUGCUGGACUCCCUGCUGGCGAAGCAGGCGAAGAAGCCGGUCGAGGACCUCACCAUGUUUGAAGACCAGCAGGCGCUGUGCAGCUGGCUGCACGACGAGGUGGCGCUGCACCCCUUGCAUCAGCCCACCGAGGCGGAGAAGGAGGCCUCGCCGCGUCCUGAGACUUCUAGGCUCUUGGAGGAGGACAUUCUCACGAACCGCUUCUUUCGGGUCAUGGAGGAGGGGCGCGCGUCGGGCUUCGACCUGCGGCCAAACUUAGGCCCGAGCUCCAUUGCAUGGCGAAGCCACGUGUGGAUUCUGGCUGCAGCUUGGGCAGCCCUUUGAUCCAGCCAUGUGUGAGAAGGGGGUGUCCCACCGACUACUUCUUCAAACCCAGGACUUCAGAAGCAAGUACACACGACUCGUUUGCUUAUCCUUAUUGAUCUAGCCAUGUGUACUCGCUAAAAGCUGUGAGAUCACUUCUCUUCG